AUGGUCUUUCCGGUGUGCGUUACUUUUCAGGCAACAACGGCCUAUACCGUGAGAAGAUUGGAUCAAGCGGCGACUCCUCCGCCAGCUUACGAACCCGGUUGUCCAGACGGAUGCACGUUGCUGUUGCCGGACACCAUAACGGCAGUACGGAACGACCAAAGCCUAGCGUCUCUAGAAGCGGGCACGGCGACGCACGGCCGCCGUCGAGCUCGAAGCUAGUAGAGUGUUUUCUUUCUGCCAAGUCGUAUUUGACGAUCGCAGACGAGGUGCAGGAUGAGAUUCUUAUGGAGCGCGUGAAGCAGGAGGUGCACCGAUGCCUAAGCCUUCUAGACCAGGCAUACGCCGGCGGGGCACGCGACGCGAUCGCAGUGCCCGAAGAAGCGCGUCCGAAGCAGAAGCGGAAACGACCGCUUCGAGAAGGGAGAGCUUUGUCCAGGUUGAAGCUGAAGCUGGAGGCGGCGGAGCAGCAGACGAAAAACAUGCUUCUGCAGAGCAUGGUUUUCAGCCAAAUAGCUUCUCGCGCUAUUCCGCAGCCGCUGCACUGUCUGUCGCUUCGCCUAACCAUGGUCCACAGCACACACCCCGAGCUCAUGACGACAGACAGGGUUGAUCCUAGGCUCUCUGACCCCAACUUCCACCAUUACGCCUUGUUUUCCGACAAUGUCGUCGCCGUUGCCGUCGUCGUGAACUCAACAGCAUCAAACGCCGCCAACCCGUCGGAGCAUGUAUUCCACGUCAUCACCGACAGGAUGAACUACGCCGCCAUGAAGGCCUGGUUCAGUCUCAACCCCCCACGCGGGAACAUGGCUCUCGAGGUUCGCUCCUUGGACGAAUAUCCGUGGAUCAACGCCUCGUAUGUACCUGUGUUGAGGCAAAUCGAAUCUGAGGCCAUGCGCGAUUACUACUUCCAAGCGUCUAUGGCGUCCAAAGUCGGCGCAACGCACGCGAAGGAGGACUACGUGGACCUCAAGUACCGGAACCCCAAGUACCUGUCCAUCCUCAACCACCUGCGCUUCUACCUUCCGCGGAUAUUUCCUCAGCUGGAUAAGAUCCUAUUCCUGGACGACGACGUGGUUGUGCAGCAAGACCUGACAGAACUGUGGAAGAUCCCCAUGAAUGGCAAGGUGAACCUUGCUGUUGAGACCUGCGGGAAGGUGUUUCACCGAUUCAAGACGUACCUCAACUUUUCCAGUCCCCUUCUGGCUGACUUCGACCCUGAGGGGUGCGGAUGGGCCUUCGGAAUGAACAUGUUCAACCUGGCUGCAUGGCGGCGGGGGAACUAUACCGACAAGUACCACUUCUGGCAAGAUAAGAAUGAGGACCGCUCGCUCUGGAAGCUGGGCACCCUUCCUCCUGGUCUACUGACGUUCUACAACGCAACAGAGCCUCUGGACAAGCGGUGGCAGGUGUUGGGCCUGGGCAGCAAGAGCACCGUCGACGUUGGACUUGUGCAGCGAGCAGCCGUGAUUCAUUAUAAUGGCCAUGCCAAACCGUGGCUGGAACUCGCCAUCCCCGUCUACCAAAGGUUCUGGACGCGAUAUUUGCCAUACGACAAUCCUCUGCUCCAGCAGUGCAAUUUCAGAGCACCGACUGCUGUUGCUGCUGACUAG